AUGACUUUGAAGAAUCAGAAUUUGAACGAGGUGGUUCUACCUCUGAAGAUUCAGACUCUGAUCAUAGAGUUUCAGCCUCUAGUGACAACUCAGACCGUGAAGGAUAAAGGUGCCUCUGAUUCGUAUGCUGUACAAAAAGCAGACCAGAAUAAUAACAAUAGUGAAAGUACAUAUGGUCAAAACAAUUAUAUUGCUAGACCACCAACAUUUAGUGGAGAUUAUACUAAAUUUGAAUGGUGGAAGAGUAAUAUGUACACUCAUAUUAUUGUUCUGGAUGAUGAGUUAUAUGAUAUCUUAAAGUCUCUCACUCAUGCUCAAAAAAAUAUAUACAGAAAACAUCAUAGAGUGAGACGAAUUCUUGUUGAUGCCUUGCCUCAUUCUGAGUACAUAAAGAUUAUUGAUAAGUAUAUUGCUAAAAAUAUCUUUAAUUCUUUAUGUGCUACCUAUGAAGGUAAUCAACAAGUUCAAGAAGCUAAAGCAAAUAUUAUGGUUCAACAAUAUGAGCUAUUCAGAAUAAAAUGUGAUGAGAACAUUGAAACUAUGUUCUCAAGAUUUCAAGCUCUUGUGUUUGGACUUCAGGUCUUGAAUAAAAGCUACACAACUUCGGGUCAUGUCAAAAAGAUUCUUAGGAGUCUUCAUGCCAAAUACAAACCCAAAGUUACCGCUAUUCAAAAGGCUAAAGAUUUAAACACAUUAAGUCUUGAAAGUAUUGUUAGCGAUCUCCAAAUCCAUGAGAUGGAGCUAAAUAGAGAUGGGCUUAAGAACAUAUUCUCUAAUAGAAGCGAUGGCUUCAGAGGGUCUAGCUCUAGAAAUGACAAAGAUGACCAGAAGGGCUGGCUCAAAUAUGCAGAUAAAGAUGGUCAAAAUCCUGAUCAUUACAUAACUGAUUGUCCAGAUCUGCAGAAGGACAAAAGCAAAAAGGAAAGCUUUCAAAGGAAUAACUUUAAAAGUAAGUUCAAGAAAAGUGUCAUGACAACAUGGGAAGAACUUGACAAUGAAGAAGAAGCUAAUAAAGAAGAAUCUAAUCUUGCUUUGAUGGCAUCAACAUUUUCAGAUUUAGAAUCCGAAGCUGGUUCUGACUCAGAUUCAGAAGAUACAAAAGAUAAAGCCAUACAUAUGAAAAUUUUAAAGAAGCAAUAUGGUCUUGCAAGAGAUGAACUAAACUUCUCUAAAGACAAAAUUGAAAAAAUUGAAAGAUAUCAAAUUGCUUUAAUAAAAUAUAUGUCUGACAAACCUAUUGAUAAGUAUGAAUAUGCUCUUCAAGAGUUUGUCAUAUUUGUCUACAACAGAACCAAACUUGCUUCCAUGAUCUAUGAAGUGAGCAAGAGAAAAGGAGAAGGUCUUGGUUAUCAUCAAAAACCUUAUAAUCCAAGGAAUAAUAUCUUGAUAAAACCAUCAAAUCCUUCUUCUUCAAGCACUGCUCAAAGGGGCUGA